AUGAGUUUUAUUGAUCCCCAACAAAUGCCAACGAUUCCCAUCUAUCGAGUGACAGACUCUACGGGUAAAUUCAUCGAUUCGGCUCAGGACCCGAAUCUAGAUAAGGAAUACGCGAUAAAAGUGUACAAAAAGAUGUUAUUGUUGGAGUCGAUGGACAAGAUUUUGUACGAUUCGCAACGACAAGGACGUAUUUCAUUUUAUAUGACAAAUUCCGGUGAAGAAGUUAGCAGUUUGAAUUUUAUCGCGUUUGUUUGA